AUGGCCGAGGGCAUUCAGUAUGAGCGGGUGAUCCUCCGGGUUAUUCUUCCCGAAGGUGCGCACAAUGUGCGUUACGAGAUUGUCGAGGGCUCUGCCAGCAACGGUCUGCCCGGUCGGAACCAGAUCAAUGCCACCCUGUCGUCGCUCAAGACCUACAUGGACACUCUCGGUCGGACCACCUUGACCCUGGAGGUCAACAGUCUCACCGAUGAGGCACGCGACUCGCAGUUACUUGUGGUCUAUGACCACACUAUUACGGAUGCACUUCGCAAGCCUCUCACCAUCUUCGCGGGUCUGCUCACCGUCUUUGUGGGCAUUUGGGCCGUUGGCAAGCUUGAUGUCAGCAUUAAGAAGCGUUGA